GCUCCACACAAGCGACGUCUACAGUUUAGGGACUACGUAGGACCGAGUCAGCAGGCCCCUGCGCCAAAGCCGAUCGAAAAGCGCUUUUACGUCUUAGUGCAUAGCUGUAAUUUAGCCCAAGCAGCUAAAAUGCAGGCGCUAGCGCGAGCAAUGCUGCGUCCCGCAAUGCUGGCGGGGCGCAUGGGCAUGGAGACAAAAACGGUUGCUGCAUGCGUGUCGGCGGCAUCUUUGACGCUGAAGCCGGCCUGUGGGAGCGUGCGCCAUUGGUCUGCUGCGCCUUCAGAAGAGGCUCUGCGCAAGGCCGAGCGCAUGGUUGACGUGAUGAGUCAGAGCCCCGCGCUGCAGCAGAUGAUGCUGGGGGCCAUGCCGGCGCCGCUCCGUAACCCCGAGAUGGUCAAGCAGGUGUUCCAGGACCCGUCCAUGCGCCGCAAGAUCGCCGAGAUGAUUGCUACCAGGGGCAUCAACAUCCCGGACCACAUGUUGGAGCGCCUGAGCCCCACCUCCAUGGAUGAGACCUUUGCGCGCGCCAAGCGGCUUGGGCUGGACCCCGCGGUGCUGUUCCAGCGCCUGAUGGCGCACCCGGGCCUGCUGGCCAAGCUGCAGCAGCCGCGCUUCAUGGUGGCGUUCCUGGACAUCGCGGAGGACCCCACCCGGCAGGCCAAGUACGAGGGGGACAAGGAGGUGCUGGAUGUGGUGUUCCAGGUGCGGGAGAUCAUGGGAACUGUGAAGGCCCCGGCGUCCGCGACUCCAGCCACGCCGGAGGCACUGCCGGCGGAGGCCACAGCUGCCCCCGCAGCGCCUGCCUCGCCUAGCGUGGAAACCCCGAUUGCAAUGGGAACGGGCGAGGCGCCGCCUAGCUCAGCGCCUGCACCUCCGCCCCCGGGCCAGCCUGCUGCGCCGGAGGCUGCUCCCGCGGCCGCGGCUGCGAGCAACGAGGGGGCUGAGAGCAGCACUGCUCCCCCCGCUGCCGCUAGCAGCGCCAGCAGCAGCAGCAGUGAGGCGAGUGAUUUCAACCCUCUGGUGGCACUCAUGCGGACCGACCCUAAGGCGGCGAAGUGGCUGGAGAACCCCACAGUAAUGACUGCUCUGAACGAGGUGCAGAAGAGCCCUUGGAAGACUAUGAAGUACGUCUUCAACCGGGACGUCAUGGCCGCAUUCAAAGAUCUGAAGACUUUGAUGGCUGGCAAGAAGCUCGAGUGAGCAACCAAGUGCAGAUGCCAACUGUAACGGAGAAAGAUACCAG